GGUGCUGGCCGGGCUCGGGGACCGCAUGGCGGGGAAGCGGAGCGGGCAGCCCGUGGCCGGCCCGCCUGCGGCCAAGCGCGCCUGUGACCCGCGGGACGAUGAGUUCAAUGGUGCCCGCUUCAAGGCGCUGCUGCGGGACCCCGCGGCCGCCGCCAGCGGGCUGGAGACCUUCGUGUCCGUGGCCAAGACGCUGCCGUCGGCCGAGGUGUACGAUGUCGUGGAGGGAUACGUGAAAAUCUCCAUGGAAUGCGCUGAGAUAUUCAAGCUUCUGGACGGAGAAAGGAGACCUGAAAGCGAAAUGCUGUUAAUCUUUCAAGCUCUAGAAGCCAUUUUACUGAGGACAGCCAGUGACCUCUCCCAUUUUUCUGUUGUGGGAAUGAACAUUGUCAAAAAGUUGAUUCAUUCAUACAUGAAACUGGUCUAUGCUGCUUUGUAUUCCGAAAAUCACAGGCUGAGCCGAGGGUGCCUCACGCUGCUGUCAGCAAUGGUGGCCCAGGGCCCGGAUUCAGCAAGGGAUGUGUAUAGCCAUUUUGAUUUCAAUAACAAAUAUCUGCCUGGACUGCUGAAAAAAAGAUCUAAUAAGGGGAGAACUGACGUCCGCAUGGCCUAUAUUCAGUUUGCUCUCUCCUUUUUAAUUGCUGGUGACAAUGCAGUCUUGACACAGGUGCUGGAAUUAAAAGAUUUCAUUCCAGGUAUUUUUCGCUCUGAAAUAAAGGAAGACAGAGUUUCUACUGUAAAUCUUCUACUCUCCACACUGAGAACUAAGGUCGUUCAAAAUAAAAAUAUCACCAAAACCCAGAAGGUUCGCUUUUUUACUGCAGAAGUGUUGAUCCACAUUGCUUCGCUUUACCGGUGGAAUGGGAUUACUGAUGUCAGCCCUGGGGAUUCAGAGGGGACUCAAGGUUCUGAAGAGGUGGGAAAAACGAUGGUACGGGAACUCGUGCAUAAUUUUUUAAUGGACCUCUGCUGCUCUCUGAAACAUGGCAUAACGUUCUAUGAUCCAAGUCUUGGAACUUCUGGCAAGGGAGGAAAUGUGGUACUUCUGCACUUUCUGCUUGGCUUAAAAACCGCAACAGAAGAUGACAUGGUUGCUGAUCUCAUGGUGAAUAUUCUCAAAGUAUGCCCAGAUUUAUUGAAUAGAUACUUCAAGGAGACCCAGUAUUCCUUUGUUCCUAGAAUGAAGUCUGCUUGGAUGGACAAUAUGAAGUUACUCAAGAAGAUCUAUGAGGCUCAACCAGAGAUCUCCAAUUCUUUUAAGACUUCAGAAUUUAUCCCUCUUCCCAGGUUGCUUUCUAUGGUGAUGGUGACAACAGUCCCUGCAGUGUGCAAUAAAAUAAUGUUCACCCAAGGGUUAAAUUUACCCAGCACAGCAGUGAAGCACAACAUCCUGUCACUGGUGUCCAUGGUGCUGAGAAGAGCCUUGAAGAACAUUGAGUACUGUUUGACUGAGGAAACCUGGCAAAGGUCAGAAAUCUACACCCUGUCAGGGAUGCAGGAGUUUGUGCAGCUGUACAGAGAAGCCAUCAGCAAGCUUUUACCAGACAUGAACAAUAUCGUGGCUGUCUGGCAGUCUCUUCUGAAGCAAGGGAGAGAACACCAUGAUGGCCUAGAGGAGAAAAAGGAAGGUGAUACCUCCACUGGGAAGACGACGACCGAGACAGCAGAAGUUGCUGAACAGCAUGGUUCAGAUGAUGCCGAGACACUGUUUCUGAAAGCUGCACUCCUUCAGGUCAUAUGUCUUUAUCAGAAGGUUGUGCCCCACUUGGUAGCACGGAGCAACUUUGAUUUUAGCAAGCUGCUAAAAGGUAUCGUCACUGAAAAGGGCCUCCGGGAAGAGGUCCCUCCUCUCCUGCAGCACCAUAUACUGAGAGUGGCUUUGGAACUUCCUGCAAAUAAAUUUGCCUGGUUCAGAGUACAGGACAUCUCUGAGACAGAGAAGGUGUCUGGUGAAAAAUCAGUCUUCUAUUUACUGAUGAAAAUGUUUGUUACAAGUAACCAUUCUCAUCUGAAGAUUUCCACUAAAAAACUGAUCAUCAAGGUUUUACGUGACAGUGGAGUGUUUGAGUACACGUGGAAGGAACUUACAGUUUGGCUGGAACACUUGGAUAAUACAAAAGAAGACCAAAAGGAAGCAGUGAUUCAGUUUUUGGAAAGGGUCCUGCUGAAGCUGGUGACAAACCCCUAUCCCUACACAGACAAGGCAGCAGACCUGGUUCAGGAAGCCAGCAUGCUCCAGGUCAAUAUGUUUAAACAGGACUCUGAUAACAUCAGCAUCCCCAUCUCUCACAUUGAUGAUGUCCUGGAUAUGGUGGAUGUCAUGAUUGAGGGCAGUGAUGGCUUAGAUGAGGAAAUUGAGUUCACUUUAAAUGAAGACAUGAUUAUUCAAACAUUUCCAUUCAGUGCUGUUGUCCCUGCUGCAUUAGAAGCCAGGAAUGUACUGUUGCUUCAAUCUGAAAAUGGAACAGGAGCACACAUUGUUGAGUACCUUGUUGCUGUUUUCACUGACCUCCUGCACUCUCAGAGAGAACCUUUGGCCCUCUGCUUGAUGUUCCAGCUCUAUGAUAAAGAUCUGAAGUCCCUGAAAGUUUCCAAGUACCCUCAGCUCUACCAGUUUAACCAGUACUAUAAACUGUGGAUACCCCAGCAAUCUCAGGAACUUGUGUUCAAAACCCACAAAGAGGUAAGCAAAGAACCUUCUGUGGCCCUGGAUUCUGUGUUUACCACUUUGCUAAAGAGAGCCUAUGAGAGAGGAAGCAAUACCUUACUGGAAGAUGGUAUCCAGACAACACUAAGAGACCUGGCUUCCCAGCUCCCACCUGAACAGCUUUCGUUGGGAGUAAAGCAUGUGUUGCUAUACCUGAAAUCCACAGUGGAGAGCUUCGGCAGUCUUAGUAAAACUUCUGGUCCUCAACUUGUUGACCUCUACGUGGACCUGCUGAACAGCUUGUUGUGCCGGGGCAGUCAGAUAGAGUUGGAUUAUCAGCAGAAACGGGAGGAGCAUCAGACUGAGUCAGAUCUCUUUGUGGAUGAGGAAUCUCUGAUCACAGAGGAGUCUUCAAAUGACAAGACCCUGGAAGAUACACUCAUGUUAAUAUUCGGACAUCCUGUGCUGGAGAGUUGGUUCCUGGCUUUAGAACUACGUUCUGUUCCUCAGCCUGGUUUGAACCCUGUCACUGUGAAACUCCUGUCAGCUCACCUCAAUUCUGGUGUGCUCCAGCUGCUGAAAACAGGUGCCCCCAUCUUUCAGAGCAUCACAACGGAUCACAGACAUGUGUUGUCCAAGUAUUUCGAAGCUAUCACGAAAAGUGUCUUGAAAGAGCUACAGGCUGUGGGGAAAGACAGCAGCCAGAUCUCUCCCAGGAAGUCUCACCAGCUGCAGGCUCUGGAGGAGUUGCACAUAUACAUGAGUGCAGCUCAGCUGAAGGACAUCACUUUAACCAUGCUGCGACUUCCUGAGACAAGCUUGACUGCUCAGAAAUCUGAAAAAUCCCCUAAGAAAGGGAAACAGUUGAGCUUCUAUGGACAGAUUUUGGUGCAGCUCCUCACAGACAGCUACCAAAGGCAGCCUCAGCAAGGAGAGCUCCUGCUAUCCACAGAGCACAUUAGAGCUUUGGGGGUAUUGAUGUCAGCAUCAGCCAGCAGAGAUUUGGAGAAGGUUUUCCUUCAGGCUCUCCAGAAUGAGCCAGUCCUUGCCCACGCAGUCGGUGUUGAGGUGCAGGUUCACUGCCUCAACCAGAGCUCCCACACCUCCCUUGCCAUUGUGGCCAUGCUGAUCAAGCACUCCAGGACUCACCUGCUGCAGUUUGAGCUCUGGUGCCUGAGCAGUGCCACUGGGAAGUACCUCAGGAAGCACAUGGAGAGCUUUCUCCCACUCAUUAAUGUGUAUUUGCAAUGCAGAGACCAGUAUGAUUUCACCCGACCUUCCACAGUUGUCUCUGCUGUUACCCCUGUCCUGAGGAAAGCUCUGUGGAAGGAGCUCUGCGCUGGAAUUCAGGACACAGAAGUGUCAUGUGAGACUACUGUGAAACUGCAAAUUCUUUCAAAGUUGUUGCCGUCUUCAGAAAGCAAAGGGCUGCGCAACCUGAUGGACCAGCUUCCUGCUGCUUUUGAGAGAGCAGGGAAUGAAGAGAGUUGGACAGUGGCAGAUGCCAUAUCCAGAGUGCUUGAAAACUCAGAGGAGCUGCAUUCCUGGAGGAGAUGCCUGUUAUCAGCCUGCAUGAAGGGGUUAGUUGCCAUGUACAGCAGCAAUAAAGAUGAAAGCAAGCAAGAAGUGGAGAGGUCCAUGCUGCUGAGGCUGGAGGAAUUACUGCGCGUGGUUGGAGAAGUGGACCCAGAUGACUGGUACAGCCUUGUGAAGACAGGACUCAAGUACCGCUACAGAGAUGAAGGGUUUCUGAAAGUCCUGAAUGUUGCCUUACAGUUACUAUACAAGAAAGAAUCUUCACUUAGUCAGAGCUUAGUCAAGCUCUCCAAACUUCACAUGAUGGUCACGCAGCACUCUCUAUUUUUGUCAGUCAUCCUGAGGUCAAGAGAAGAAGAUGGCAUGAACAUCCAGACAAGAGAGGCGCUGGUGGAUGUUCUGCUGACAGCUGUGCAGCUCAGCCCCUCUCUGUGUGAGAGCAGCCACCUCCCUGUGCUGCUGGGGGCCUACGGGGCCACUCUGAGUGCUGUAGAUCAGAAGAUACUGCUGCUGCUUCAGUUGUAUGAGAAGAAUAAUCAAAGUCUUAUAAACUCCAGAAUCCUGCUCUGGGGUCCGGCUGCUGUGGAGCAUCACAGGACUUGCAAGAGUCUGGGGAAGUCCCUCUGGCAGCAGCCAAGCAUGGAGGAGAUUCUGUGUCUGCUAGACCGAGAAAAGAUGAUGAAGACAAUUCUGUCAUUCCCUCAGCAUCGCCGACUGCUGCCAUCACAGGAAAUACAAGAGUCACUAUAUAAAGAUGAAACUGUCAAGAGUCUUGAUGACUUCUAUGAUCCUUGUUUUCUACUUCAGCUCUUCAGUGAACUGACCAGACCAGAGUGUGUGGUGGCAUGUCACAAGUUUGUGGAAGUCAAUGCCCUGGGUCUCACAGUAGCUGCCCUGAGCAGCUACGAUUCCAACAUGAGAGCGGCUGCAUAUUUCGUCCUGGCUUCCUUCCGCUCCCACUUGGAAGGAGCUCGCUUUCGGGAGAAGAGCCAGUUGCUGUAUCUCUUGGAUACUGUGCAGAAUGGAAUCAGGCAGCCCAACCUCAGGUUCACCUUCUCCCUGACCCUCUACAUUGCUCGUGUGGCACAGCAGAUACUGAAGCCAGAGGAGCACAUGUAUAUAAAGGUAAACAGAUUUCUUCUGUCACACCAGUAUUUGGACCUGAAGAAAGUUCCAGGAUUUUUCCAGCUUUUCUACAGUUUUGAUUUUGAGUACAAAACAGAGCGUGAGUGGAUCCUCAGAUUUCUUGGGGAAGGACUGCGUGACAAACAUUGCUAUGAGCUUUAUGACUACCAGAGGAUUUUCCAGGUCAUUCUCUCCUUUUUCAACAGUCCUUUGUGUGAUGAGGGCUCCCAGAGUCGUAUUCUGGAGAUACUGCAAAGUGCUGCUCGUGUCACCAGAGCUGCCUAUGAGCUGAUACAGGAUCACAGCCUCCUAACCUGGGUCCUGCACAUCUUAGAGAAAAGGUUUCUGGAAAACAAGGUGAUAAAUAAAAUUAUUUCCUUACUCCAUACUCUGUGGCUAACAAAUUUAGGAGACAAGAGAGAAAGAAAGAAUCAAUCCCAGGAGAGCAGGAAAUUUCUUCCUAUUCAGCUUGUAAAUGAAUUUCUGUAUGUUUUGAUCACAUUAAUCAAACACAUUCGGACUAAUCUAGAUCUGGCCAAGCUGACUCAGUUCUUCAGCACCCUCAGUUCUGUGCUGGAAUAUCGUGCUGUGGUUGUUGAGGCCUUCAGGGAGAUGAGGCGUUUCACGGUGAAUGAGGGAGUCCUCUCCAACAGGGACGUGCUGCUGCUGCUGCACAAGUGGAGCCUCAUCGACAAAGACUUGCAGCUGCAGGAGGACCUGCAGGCCCUUGCUCAGAAAUACCAAAUCAAAGAAUUGCUCAAAAAUAUUAAAGACAAGAACAAGCCCCAAGCCUCUUCUCGUGCAUAUCGUCACAUUCGGAAAAAGAACGGGGUUGAAGAAGAUGAUGCUACUGCAGACCUGGAAGUGCCUGAGCUGGAGAAAUGCAGAGACCAUCUGAAUUCCAUAUUUGCCCACUGGGAGCCUGUUUUCCCAGCGUCACCUUCCAAACAGGGAGGGGAGCCCCUCAGGCCCAGUGACCUUGGGGAUGACUCAGUCAGUCUCACCUGUGCAUCCACUCUCAUGGUCACGAAAUGGCUGGUGAAGUCCAUGGUGGAGCACAGCCUCAGCGAGCAGAACGUGUCACUGAUGCUGCGCUGGCUCCAGGGUUGUGUUGUGCCACAGCCGGCGGCCAUGUGGGAGAUGCUUAGGGAUGAGACACUGAGGAAGAACCUUUUCAAGUUCUACACCCAGGUCUGUGAGGCUCAGCUCUCCAAAGAGCUCCCUGUGCUCAGCUCCAUCAUGCUUCAGCUCAUGGAUGCUCAGGGCCUGGCCAACAGCUUCCAUGAGCUUGUGAAAUCCUUGUGCCUCUCAGCCACGACAGAAGAGGAUGAGAACAAGAAAGCUGUUUGUGUAUUCCUGACAUCCGUUUACAUCAAGGACAUGUGGCUUGGAGCACGGGAGCCAGAUAUGUUAAUAACUCAUGUCAGAUUGAUCUGCACUAGUGCAGAUGGUGAAAUAAACGGUGAUGACUUGGAAACUCAGGAACAAGGAGAAGAAACUAUUACGUCUCUUUGCAAAACCCUUUGCUUGGCAACAUCAGGGCAUUAAUUCAGGGAACUGACUCUUAAUCUUUAAUGUUCUGUGCUCUGCCAUCGUCGCUGUGAGCCGUGAAACCCUCCUGAGCUGUCCCCAUACAGACCUAGCUGGUUUGGUCAUAAAAAUCAGUGUUUUAUUAUUGUUUACUGAGCAAACUCAGAGGGGGAAAAUUGUAUUCAUUGUCUCUCAGUGGGACAUUAAAGUUCCAGUUUCCCUUUUCUUGAACAGUAUGGGAACACGACAUUUAUAUAAUUUUUAUUAAGGCAUUUUUAACUUUAUGAAGAACCAAAAAGACUGUUUCCUACACUCUGGACCUGUGUCCAGACACAGUUCCAGUCCCUGUGUCGUUGGAGUCCGUCCUCUCUCCAAUAUAAAAUGGGGAAAAAAGGCUGCAGAAUGUCCCACAAUGUGGUGUAAGUGCAAAGAAGGAGGAGCUGGAGAUUUAGCCAUGAUGAUUUACUAUUUCUUGAAGAACCAAGUUGAUUUCAUACCAAAACCAGUGUGAAUAAAAAGACUGAACACUGGAAUCAUGGUGGUCUGUGAUUCUUCUUGGUUUUAAAUGAUAUGGCUUUUGAAAGCAUUUAUAUCAGAGCUGGUCUAUUUUUAUUAUCCUUGUUUUUUCUUAAACUAAAAAAAGCCCUGACCAUCAUGACUGCUGGAACUUGCAGCAAAGGCCCAUCUUCUCUCCACUUGAAACAGGUGGGAGAUGGAACUAAAGCCCAAGGGACUUGCUGCUAAUUGAUAACUUGUGGGUUUUAGUGGGAAUUCUCUGUGAAAUCUGAUAGAUAGUUCUGGAAUGGGGCCUGGAGGGCAGGUGAACACAACAGUCCAGAUCUGCAAACACCCAGGACCUGAAGCUUUGAAAUGUAAACCAGGAUUUAUUAAAUUGUCUUACAACUACAUGCUGUGCCCAGGUCCUUUGUACAAAUUCUGUAGAGGGAAAAAUCAGAACUGCACAUUCCUUGUGAUGUGUAUUGAAUUUGUUGUGGUUUUUAAAUAAAAAACAUGAGACCCAAGUAAUGAGAUUGCUUUUACAUUUGAAUAUUCUUGUCCUAAAGAAGCUGUCAGCUCUGUAUCAGGACUUGAGUUUAAAAUAAUAUUUCUUAACAAAGCUGAAAGCCCCUUGGAGACUACAUUUUGUUUCAGGGGGCUGACAUCACGAAAUCUGUGUGAAGGAAAAACCCCUUUUUUUCCUUGCUUACAAAAACCAAACAGGCACAGUGAAACCAAAGGAGUUCCAAAACAAAAGAUGUCUUUCCAUCUCACCUAACUAUCAAAGAAAAUACCCAUGAUUUUUUGGUUGUCUCAAGGGCCUGAGCACACCCCACAGUGGUUUAUAGUAUGAUAUGUUGAGAUAAUUAAAGAAAUGAGGUAAGAGCAUUCCCCCAACCCGGGGAUAAGGAGGGAUCACAGUGUGAAUGUGGCACUUGGGGACGUAGGUUAGUGGUGGCUUUGGCAGUGCUGGGGAACAGUUGGAUUUGAUCUUAGAGGGCUUUUCCAGCCUAAGCAAUUCCAUGGUUCUCUGAUUCUAAUGGAGGACUCUGGGGGCAGGGGAAAUAAAGUGCUCCCUGUGGAAAGCAAAGCACUGGGAAGCUUUGAAAUGGGUACAUAUGGAAUGUCACGGGAGCAAAUGCGUUGCUCCCCCCCCCCCUCCUCUGCCCCCAAGUUGGGUGCUAUAAGCCAGGGUUGUGUUUUGCAUAUUAUUUAUUAUUGUUUAUAUACUUCAUACUGUAUUUCCAGGUAAUUUGAAAGUUAAAAAAUAAAAAAGGUCUUUUUAGUGGUUAUGUGCUCCAAGCCACGUUCCAGUGCAACCCAUGGAAGGACACCUGUUGUCAUGAAUGAGAGUAUCCACAUCUUCCAGAAAUCCCCUUGAAAUCCCCUUGUGGAGUGGAGGAUCUUAAAAAACAGGGUGAUACAAGUCUGUCCUGAGUCAGGGAGGAGGAUACUGGAGCAGGCAGGCCAUGCAGAACUGGUCAGGAGAGAGGUUCCAGCUGAGGGCAUACAGGUGGGGCAGGAAUGGUUGAAGCUGCUGCAUCCUUAGGAGGAAAAUGGGUCUGGAUGGUCAGGUUUUCUUCAGAGUGUCUUUGAUGACACUGUGUGACUGCAGUGGAGUUACUAUUGCAAGUAAUUCCUAAUUUGCAGUGGGAGAGCUGGUGCCAGCAAGGGAGUGGAUUGUUGUCUCCUGUGAGAACUCCCUCAGCUCUGGCAAAGGGUGAGGGUGCCCCAUGAGGAGGGGGAGGCUGUUGUGGCCAUCUGAGUUGGCUAAUGGAAACACUUGGCUCUGAUACCUCUGUCCAUGCUGCACCAUCAGUUUCUGCAGCCUUUCCUCGUUUCUCCACACUCAGUGUGGAAAACCACCUGGGUUUCUGAGCCCAGCACCACUCAGUCAGUUUGCUCACAAAGCAAACUGCAGCAGUGCCUUAUCUCUGGGGCUAAAUAAAUCUGAAGAUUUAAAAAACAAACCAGCAAUACAAACAGCUGCCUGGCGGGUUUGGUCUGUCUCUUGUGUUCAAGGCUUUAAUAAUGCAGCCCAACCCACCCACUCUGGCAUCAUCCUGACCCACAAUCCCACAUGAGGCUGCUCUGGCGGUGCUUCCCUGGAGGAGUUUUUGCUGCCUACUUGGGGAUGUGGAAUUUCUAUGCUUCUCCUCAAGUUUCAAAUGAGUUUUGUGUUGUACUUAGCCCAGGAACUUGCUGUGCAGCCUUACCUCUCUUCCAGCCCUCGCUGCCUUCCUCAGCCUGACUCUGCAGACCAGCUUUGUGCUUCCCGGAGCUCCGAGGGCAUCUCAGCCUCUCCAGUUCUGCCUGCGUUUGGUGGGGAGGGGAGCUGGGAAAAACCACUGAAGGGAGAGGGAAUGUGAGUGUCUCUUCUGACUCUGCUCCAGCUGAGCUGGACCCAUCCCCUCCACGUCACCAAAACACUGCCAUGACCCUCAGUAGUUCUGUCAAACUAUUCAUCAGCCUCGUGUAGUUUUUGUGAUUUUGCCAGCACUUUCCUUUGAUAUAAAAUACAUUCUCUUGAUAUAUGACACAUAUUCCCUUUUUCCAACACCUUGGUAACUGGCAGAUACCAUUUCAAGACUGUUCAACACUGACAGUUUCUUUACCAUUGACCAUUUCAAAAGGGAAGCAAAAAGCAAUUGGUUGUUGGUAGCAAAACUGUAUUUCCAGGUAGCAAGUAAAGUAACUGUUUAUUCAGGAAGAUAAUUGGUGCAAACCACCACAUGCCAUUCACUUUUUAAAAGCUCUUCUAGAUAAACAGUAUUUUAAUAAAUUUUAAGUAACGAAAUAUUUUUUUUCAAAAGUAAAUAAAGGAUAUGUUCUAUUCUUGGGGCGAGUGCUGAGCCAUUUUACUCAAAUAUGGCCAUUAGGACCUUCUCUUAUGCAUCCAGGGUUUUUCAGGUUUGUUCUUUGUUGAAAGACAUUUUCCUUUUUUUCCUGAAUCCAGGUGAUUAACAGGCAGUCACAGCACUGAGCUUUUCUCUGCAGCCAUGGGAACUGCGCUGCUGGGUUGGUUUGACCUCUUCCAGUUUUACCUCAGGCUCAGAUCCUUCCAGGAAUGCCCAUUUCAUCCGAAAGGGAGAUAGGUGUUUAAGAAGCAACCACAUCUGAGUAUGGGCUCCUGAGGUCAUCACAGUGAGGCUGUUCCCCAUUGGAACUGCUUUCUUCCAUCUGGCUCCCUACAAUCACUUGUC